AUGUUUGAGCCAAACCAAGACCAAGGUGGCCCCGCGAAGGGAACACGAAGCAGUCGUCGCAGAGCGCGCCCCUCGUCGAAUACAGAUGCCACACUCCAGGCCCCCAAGGCAAAGCGGCAAAGGGUACCUCUACACGAAACCACGGUUGCGAAUACCGAAGCCCUCCCAGAGACGGAUGUCGAGUUGGACCAAGUUAAGUCCGACAAGGUCCUGCCCAAUAUCAAGCGCGACGGCAGUGAAAACAUCCUUGGCCCCCGCAAAGAGCUCAGCGUCCGAUCAAAGAAGCAAAAGGCCGGCGAACGGACCGCGAAGGGCGAUGGAAGCAUAGUGCUGACUACAAACAAUGCCUAUACCGUGAGCAAGCUCCCAGCUUUACCGGACCGACUCCGAGCGGAUGCGCAAAGUAAGAUCGACCACCACAGCUACCUCCCAAACAGCCUUCCACCUUUGGAUCAGCUUUCAAUAAAGCCUGGAGUGCCUAACAAUUCCCAAGAUCGUCAGCACGGUGCCGUCUACUCGACCAGCGGAUACGCCUUGAGCCUUACCCAUACCCAUGCCUUCGUCUGGCCCUAUGCUUCGACCGCCGCCUCGCCCGAGACCUUCACCUUCGGUCUUCCUUAUCCCUCCAAGAACCCGACCGACCCGCUACCACUCGGCUCCCUGGUUUCGCCCUCGGCUGCCUCAGAUGAACCUGGCCUUGUUGUGGUCAUGCCCAUGAGCGGCAAGAUCGCCUACUGGGAGUCCAUCUCGAGCGCCGCUACCCUCGACUUCAUUCGCCAACAACGACACGGAGUAGAGGACACAAUACCAGGCAUGUUUUCUGGAGAACAUGUCGUUCAAAUCGUCAACGCCGAAUCCGCCGGUUUCGUCCUCGUCUUCAGUUCUGGCCGUCUCGCGUACCUAAGCGUUCGCGACAUGCAUGGCCGGCCUACCAUUUCCGUACAGUUCCUCCGCAGCAGCCUCACCAAUGCCGUAGGUGGAUUGUUGGGAAGCAUCCGUCAUGUCCUGGGUUCCACUUCGGCGCAUGGAGAGGUCGUUGCCGUUCGCGCCAGCCAUGCCACCAGAGUAGGAGAGCGCGUCAUUGUUGCAGCUACGACUAAGGGCAAGUUCAACACUUGGCGUAUUCACAGGGGCGGCCACCACGAUGUUCUGUCCGAUAUCGACUUGAAGAGCGAGCUCAUUCACCAAAUACAAGAGGCCGACUCAGCCUCCACCGGCCUACCCGAGGAGUCCUUCGAAGUUGUUGACUUUACCUGCGUUCCUCGAGGACUCGACCGCAAGUAUGUGGAGGCCAGUCGACUAAGCGAGGCUCUGGUUCAUGACGAAGAUUCUGUCCAGCAUCUGCUGCUACUCACAUCUUUUUCCAGCAAAACGCAGUCUCACUAUGCCUUGGUCGAGGUUGUCAUUUCUGGUCAGAAUAAGAAGGUCGGCGCUGUCCGACCCUUGACCUCUUACACCAGUCCUGUGCGACCCAAUGCCCCCGAGAGGCCUAAGCUCUAUCUACCGCGCCCUGCCAUGGUCGCUUUUGUCGUCUUCGACCGUGCUGUUGUGAUUGCGUCCCUGGCCGCCCCACCGGAUUCCCCCGAGUCACAACUCCAAGAGGACAGUCACAUUAUACCCGCCACAUUCGAAGACGUGGUAGACCUUCGGGAUGAGGGUAAUGUGCAAAUUGUAGGCUCGGGCACAGAGGAGCCUACUACCAGCGGCCAUUCCCAAGAUGAGCUUCGACUGCGGCACAGGACAAAAAACCCAGCAGCUGUGUUGUUGGUGCAUGGUGUUGGCACAGUUAGAGUUGCCGUUAGCGAGGUUGAUCGGUUCGCGACUGAAAAGCCACCAACCAUUAGCGCGAAGAGCAAGCUCGAACAGGCCGUCUUCUUCGGUAUCAAGCAGGACAACCCGUUGGUGUUCCAAGGAAGGAGCCUGCCUUUCACCGCUCAGGAAAUUGGAAAUGCCGCUAUUGAACUCAGUCAUGAGAUCGUGGCCUCCAAAACUCCGUUCAUCCCCAACGUGCCCGCCUCGCUUGAAAAUAACAUGAGGACCAGAGUGGACUAUCUCCAGAGGUUAAUCUCCCACCUCAACACCUUCAACGUAGAUCUGGACGCUCGUGCACGGUGGGCGCUGCUCUACGACUCUGAAAAGAUGGCCGUAGCAACGUGGCUUUGGCGGAAGAAUGAGCAGUUCAUCGCCGAAAGGCCAAAGGGAGAUAAAAAGAACCUCCUUUCUGAGACGGUGUUGUACAUCAACGAGAACCAAAAGACGGAGCCCAAUCCGGCCGUCGGUGAGGUAGAUCCUGUUCGCCAUUGGUUUAUCAACGAUGUGUGGAAACUAGAGAUCUUCAUCGCUUGGGGAUAUCAGAUUAUCAAGUAUGCCUACACGGAACGUCUUACUGACGAGAACGGCAUCAAUCGUCUGUUAUUUGAAGCCGCCAUCGUCAAUAAGGGGGCCCUUCAGGAGGCGGAGCAGCACCGCUUGAGGAAUGCACGCCUGUACGGUGUCAACCCUCGGAAAUGUGCGGUAGGUCCCGGGAUGCCCGCGCCCUGGACUGGCACUAAAGUCAUCCAUGUCAAUCUCAAUCGCCUUAUUGAGUUUUGCUACGAGUGGCUAGACAACUACUACCUCCCGUCCCCGGAGAAGGCUUCUGUGGAUGUGAAAAUCCUCAAGAGUAUCCGGGACAUGCUUCCUGCUCUCACCAGCCGAUACUUCACCGCUCUUAACGAGUUUAUUUCGUGGGGUUCGAAGUCUAGUGAUCCUGAGAUACAAGAAGACGCCAGGAAGUAUAGUGAGGCAUACCCCACAAACGUCUACGAGAAGAUAUUACGACUUAAGGACUACGAUCUCUGGGACGAGGCCAUUGCCCUGGCGCGGGAGCAUGAGGCAUAUGCCGCGCUGGCAGACACUAUGGUGCAGCAUAUUCUCGCCCUGGAAGAGAGUGCUCUAGCUCCCGGCACUUCUGCUACCAAAGCUGAGUGUCAUGCCAAGGCUGAGGAUCGGAAGAGGCAGAUGGGUGGCUACUUCAACCAGUAUCAGGAGAGGUUUGCUUUCCCGGCUUACGAGGCUCUGCUUGAAGCUAGCGGCGUUCAAUCAGUCCUCGAGUUUCCCUACGACACCGAGGGCUACGCCACCAAAUUCCUCCGGUCCAGGCCCGAACUAGCCAAGAUCUCCUGGAUCAACGAUGUCGAAAGGGAGAAAGACAUUGAGCGUGCCGCCGAGACACUGCUCACUCUGGGUCUUACCCAAGAGCAGCAAGUCUGGAGCAAGAAGAUCGAGCUCAGUCUUGGAAAGCUUGCUUUGCUGGCCGAGGAGGCCGAUCAACGUUAUGGGGACAGUGAAAUGAGCAACGGCUUUUCCGAUACCAAGGCGGCCAGUAUUGAGAAGGUUGACCAGGCUCUGGAGGUUAUUGCGGUCCAGAAUGGCCUCUACAGUCAGAUCCGGCCUACCAUUGAAGAAGCCGUCGACGAAAGAGCAGAAUUUGAACUGGCGAUGAAGUACCACGGUGCCUGGAUCCAUGCCCAGAAGAAGCAGAAGGCACUUCAAAACGUCGUUGAGGACGGCAUGGAGCGCCUGCUUAAGCACGAGGCCCUCCAGCCCCUCACUCUCAUCGACUUGCUUACCCUAGUCUACCUGGACCCAAAGCAUUUCGAAGCUAUUGGCGACCAAUUCUAUCUGGCCCUGAAGGUGGCUAAGCAUGGGCUGAAGGGUGAGGAACGAAGCAAUGCCGAGCGUCUUAUUUGGCGCCGCUGCCUCAUCCGGGACGACUGGAAGCAAGUCAACGUUACCAACCUAAAGGAUGACGAGCAUCAGCUGCAAGUUCUCGGCGAGACAGCGGUCUACCGGACCUUGUUUGCCGUUGUUGAUGAGCGUAAGUUUCACAUCCCGUUCAUGAAACAUCUUCCAAACAUAGUGCUCACCAGCCUCGCCAUUCUAGAGCACUCAAACGACGCCUUCCGCCCUUGCAUCAAGCCCUCUGAUGCCCUUGGCGUCUACACCGACAGUCUCGACCGCCGCUUCGACGGUAUGGAUGACUCGUUCCGCCACAAGCUCAUGGAAGCCAUGAAGGCCGAGGACGUCAAGCUAAAAACCUUCAUCGACAAGGCCCGACUGGACGAGUGGUUCAAGACCACCCUUGAGGCGGCCGAGAACACCGUCGCGACCGUGUAUGGCCGUAUGACGGCCAAGAAGGCGGCUGCCGCUGCGAUUGCUGUCAAUGGCAGCAUGAGGGUCCCUCUUGAGAGCGCGAGUGCGGGUGCGGGUGCGGGCACGGUCAGCGCAGGAUCGUCGUUCUGGUAG